AACACACAACCAUGGCUGCUGGUGCGAGUUGCCGUGUGGAAACGAUACCACCCUUCACGGAGCUGGGCGAAGGACCUCAUUGGGACGUUGCUCGGCAGAGCCUGUACUACGUGAGCCUCACCAAUGGGUUGAUCUAUCGGUUGGAUUACCACCAGGGGAAAGUGUACAGCGCGUCGAUCGAUGGCAUCCGUUGGGCGUCAUUUAUCGUGCCGGUAAAGGGCUCACGAGAUCGGUUCGUCAUCGGUGACGGUAACCGGUUGCUCGAGAUCCGCUGGGAUGGGUUAGCGAGUGUGGCGAAGAUCGUACGUGAGUUGGCAAACACGGGUCCGGAAGAUGUGCACAAUCGCUUUAACGAUGGAAAAGCUGAUCCGCAAGGACGACUGUUUUUCGGCACGAUGCUUCGCGAGGAAGUUGGGAGUCCUUUUGAGCGAGCAACAGGUUCGUUGUGGCGGUUUUGCACCCGAACUGGACGUUUGAUCGAGCAGGAUAGUGGCUUUUUCAUCUCGAAUGGGUUGGCUUGGAGCGCGAACGGUGAUAAGUGUUACUUUGUGGACUCGGGCGCGAACCACAUCAAGCAGUACGAUGUGUCGCAGGAAGGCGAUUUGCGAAACGGUCACGUGUGGUUCGAUUUUAAGCGCGAUGGGAAGGAUCCGGGAUACUUUGGCGAUGGUAUGACGAUAGACACCGAGGGUAACCUGUAUGUGGCGUGUUUUAAUGGGUUUAAGGUGGUCAAGAUUUCACCGAAUAAGGAGAUUUUGGCGGAAAUCAAGAUCCCAGCACAACAGGUCACCUCGGCGGCAUUUGGUGGACCAAACCUUGAUGAGUUGUUCGUGACGACGGCUGCGAAGGUCAUCACUACCCCACAGAAGGAUCCUGCCGGGGCCACGUUCAAGGUCACCGGGUUGGGUGCGAAGGGUUUGCCAAUGGCAGAGGUCGUGCUGGAUUUGUAACGUAGGUGUUAGAAGGACCUUCGUUUGAAGGCGGCGAAUCAAUCGUUGGUGCGGCUCUGUGUGUUCAAAUGCCCCAUUGUUGAAACAAAUACAAACGUGUAAGUGGAAAACGUGUUAUUUCAUCAGUCGAAACAUUGCCGUUUUAAGUCAAUAUUUGACCCCUUUAAGUAAAAUAAUCAGGAGCUUUGCUUGAUAAGACUGAAAGAACCGUUAUAA